AUGGUGAGGGGAUUUUUUCCUCCCAUUGUACAUUAACCACAGGGACACUGUCCAACCUUAUUCCCUGAAGGUCUGUUAUUUAACCUGACUUUACUGGCCAGACAGACAGAGAGUUAAGUGGACGUAGAGCUGAAUGACUCUGUAUGAGGGAUAUUUUGUUGUGACCAGAGUAUCCAGCUGGCUAUGGAAGGUAAGAGUGGGACUGAAAUUCAAUGUUGAGUAUUUAAAUCUGCUUUUGUGGAGCUACCUAAAGUCAUAUUUAAGUAGUUUAUGAACUUUUUUUUCAAACCAUUGUUUGUAAAUGUUUAUUUUGAGUGAGCCCACUGAUGUUUACCCAUUUGUGUCCCAGGCACACACACAAAAAAGGUUUUCUGCUCCAAGUUCACAUCCUUCAACACAGUUUAUAGUAUAGUCCUGUCACAUAUGGACAAGAAUACAAAAAAUAUCAAUCUUUCUAUCUCAGCCAAAGUAUUUAUGCUAUGUCAUAAUUUUUUGAGUAAAUUAAAAAUGUACAUAAAUAAAGGUGAAUGAAAAUGUACCUUCCUACAUCUCACAUAAUAGCCAUGGCAACCUUGCAUGCAUGAAUUAUAAUUUUUAAUGACUGAUAAUGAUUCACACCAGCUCUAGUCCUCUGCCUUAUGAUUGAUGCAGUAAAUUACAGGCUAAAUGAUAUAUUUUUUGGAUGGUGUAGAUAUUAUGAGGUCAAGAAGUAGAUUGCCUUUAUUUCACUUAUUGCCGGUGACCACCAACACAUUACAAUGGACUAGAGACUUGGCUCAAUGUCCCACAGUUGUCAUUGCUUCCCUAUGACAAAUUCACAUUGUGUCUUCUGGUAUAUUUCUCUACAUUUAGUACAGAACAGUACAGUACAUUUUCUGUGACAGUAUGUUGACAAAUGAAUCCUCACAGUUAAAUUUUACAGUUGUCAUAAUAAGGUUUAUCAUACCAGAGGUUUCUUUCUCCUCCAUGUUUUUCUUUUCCAUAAAUUUCCUUUGAGAUCUCAAAUAAAGCCUCAGGCUCCUGAUGAACUUGAUGAAGAGAGGACAAUACACAAGUAUUGUUUCCCUUAGCCACCUCACUGCAUUCUUUAUUGCAACUUACAACAGUCAUCACAAAUGGGAUAUUAAUGAAUAAGUAUUAUUUUAUUGAGCAUGUGUGUAUACUGAUCUAACCAGAAGCAAAUUAAUAACUGUAUGAAAUUCACAGAGUUAUGUUUUAUUAGGAGAUUUCAUUUUAAAUGAAUACUGAUUCAAAAAGCUAUGCUUCAGCACAUCUUAAUCCAUUCAUGAAUUUAUCGUUCCUGACUCUCUACAAACAGAUGGAGCCAGUUCUUUGCUAUGAGUCCAGAAAUGGAUCAUGUCUGAGGACCAUCCAUCCCUUGCCCAUACGCAUUACUCUCUACAUAAUUCUUGGGGUCACAGUUUUCCUCACAGUGUGUGGAAAUCUUUUGGUCAUCGUAUCAGUUGCCUAUUUUAAGCAGCUCCACACUCCAACUAAUUACCUGAUUCUCUCUCUGGCUGUGUCUGACCUUCUUUUAGGACUGUUAGUUAUGUUCCCCAGUAUGAUUCGAUGUAUUGAGUCUUGCUGGUAUUUUGGUGAUCUCUUCUGUAAAGUCUACCUGAGUUCUGAUAUCAUGUUGUGUACUGCAUCAAUACUAAAUCUGUCAUUCAUAUCACUUGACCGACACUAUGCUGUUUGCCAACCCCUGCUGUAUAGAAGAAAAAUAUCUGUUACUGUUGUCUUGAUCAUGAUUGUACUUAGUUGGAGUAUUUCAGCUCUCAUAGGAUUUGGUAUGGUUUUUCUUAAGUUAAAUAUAUGGGGGAUAGAGGACUUCUAUAAUAACCACAUUGCGUGUGAAGGAGGAUGUGUUUUGUUUCAGAGUGGACUGUCAAGUACAGUCUCAUCAGUACUUUCCUUUUAUAUUCCAGGACUAAUCAUGCUUGGUGUUUACCUCAAGAUUUUCAUAGUGGCGCAGAGACAGUUGCGUAGUAUACAGAAGACAAACUCAGCCCAAAUAUCAAAUACAAGUCAGACAAAAGCCACUAAAACACUUGCUAUCAUAAUAGGAGCAUUUCUUUCUUUUUGGACUCCUUUUUUUGUCUGUAACAUUAUUGAUCCCUUUAUCAGUUACUCAACACCAGCGCCAUUGUUUGAAACAUUUGUAUGGGUGGGCUACUUGAAUUCUACUUUGAACCCUAUAAUAUAUGCAUUUUUUUAUAGUUGGUUUAGAAAGGCAUUUCGAUUGUUCUCUUCAGGUAACAUCUUUAAAUCUGACAUUUCAGGGGCAACACUUUUUACAGAAUAAAGUGAUGCAAAGGAGAUGGUUCGGGGCAUUGGUUAUUCAUUUUGCAGACAAAAUGGUUGAAAAACAGAUCAAACAAUGUUAAAUUUUGCUCCCAUUUUUCUGCUAAGGGUUAUCAAUAAAAACCAAGGUUCAGGGGCACCAGUGAUUGCCAAAGUGAGACGAUAGCCUUCAUAUAGUGAAAAUACAAUUUGAAA